UUUAGUUUCUGUCGUUGAUCGAUUCAAGUUGUUAAAGUUCAUAAUGACGGUUGGCGAUAAAAUAAAUUGUCCGUAUUAUACAUUAAAUGAAGUAGCAUUGAGAGAUGGAAAAACAAUGAAAGAAGUUUGGGUUGUAAUUAAAGAUGUAGUUUAUGACGUUACAAAUUUCAUGGAAAACCAUCCUGGAAGUUCUGAAAUUAUUGAAGAAUAUGCUGGGACAGACUGCACAAAGGAGUUUUAUCAAGCAGGUCAUUCAAGUGAAGCCUUUAGGGAACUAAAGACAAUGAAAAUUGGUGAACUAGUUGAGGAAGACAAACAAGUGAACCGUGGAAGAUCUCAAGAAAAAUCUCAAUCCUUAGACGAUAACUCGAGAAUAGAUAAAAAAGACAAAAGACGAUCUCGACGGAGUUUUUUGUUUUGUUGAUAAACAUUAAAUUGAUUUAUUUUUAAUUAAAGUGGCUUUUCAAGUACUUCAAUUGAAACGAUCCAAUUGUCACGAACAUUUUAUCGUGAUUAAUCUAACUAAAGAUUAUUUAUAUUUUUUUUCUUUUUCUAAUCUUAACCUACUUGUUUAUUGUUAAAUCGUUUAAUUAAUUUCAAUAAAAUUGGAUAAAGUUUGUCACAC